AAUCAUACCAUUAAUUAAUUUUGUGCUCUCAUCCUCCAAUAUAUUAGCACUAGUAUAUCAUUCCUUCCUUCCUUCUCAUAUGACCUAGUCACAUCCCUGAUCUCCCUCCCUCUCUUCUCUCCUUCUCUGUCUAUUUUUCUCUCUUUGCUCUCUUUGGGUAAGAGAAAGAGAGAGAGAGCGCCAGUUUAAUGGCGAAAACCUCACAGAAAAAGCAGAACAGUACUGCUGGAAGCACUAACGACAGCACCACCACCACAACCACCACUAGCAGUACUGCUACAACAACAACAAAAGGCAAGCGGACACAGAAAAGCGUUCGCCGUGACUCUCCGCCCCAGCGGAGCUCCGUCUACCGUGGUGUCACGAGGUUAUAUCAUAUUCAUGGAUACAUGCAUCGAUGGACGGGUCGAUUCGAAGCUCAUUUGUGGGAUAAGAAUUGCUGGAAUGAGUCGCAGAACAAGAAAGGAAGACAAGUCUAUCUAGGGGCAUAUGAUGACGAAGAAGCUGCUGGACGUGCUUAUGACUUGGCAGCAUUAAAGUACUGGGGACGAGAUACAAUCCUCAAUUUCCCGUUAUCCACUUAUCAAGAAGAGCUCAUAGAACUGGAGAGCCAGUCGAAAGAAGAAUACAUUGGAUCAUUGCGAAGGAAAAGUAGUGGAUUUUCCCGCGGGGUUUCAAAGUAUAGAGGCGUGGCAAGACACCAUCAAAAUGGAAGAUGGGAAGCUCGAAUUGGCAGAGUAUAUGGAAACAAAUACCUUUACCUUGGAACCUACGCUACACAAGAAGAAGCAGCCAUAGCAUAUGACAUGGCAGCAAUAGAGUACCGUGGACUUAAUGCCGUUACAAACUUUGAUCUUAGCCGUUACAUCAAGUCUCUGUGCCCAGAUAAUACAAACGAGCCUAACGACGCUCAACAAAACCCUAACGGUGACCUCCAUCAAAUGCAAAACCCUAAUGGUGUCCUCAAUCAAAUGCACAACCCUGACUAUAAACCAGAACUGGAGAUCAUGCCUGACCACACGAGUUCGAGUAGCGCUAGUGAGUCAACCGUAGUUUUGCCACGGUCAGAAAAUGGUUCAUCGGCGUCAUCCGCACUAGGGCUCUUGCUACAAUCUCCUAAGUUUAAGGAAAUGCUCGAGAGAUCCUCUGUUACGGAAUGCUCUCCAACUCUUUCAGAGCCGGAAAUACGUAGACGCAUUUUUCCCGAUGACAUUCAAACGUAUUUUGAUUGCCAAGACUUGAACAGCUUUGCGGAAGGAGACGACAUUAUUUUUGGUGACUUACGAUCGUUUACUUCACCUGUUUUUCACUGUGAACUCGAUGCAUGAAGAUGAUCCGCAAAGAAAGUGGAAGACGUAUACUAUUAUAGAAUAAGAUGAGUUUUAUUUGGAUGUUCCCGUGAAUAUGAAGGGACAUCGUGUUCACUGACACAGUAGAAGACGGUAACUUUGAAAGUUUGCUAUUUGUUGUUGUUCAUUGGUCGAUUUUCAUGUAGAUGGGAGUAGAAAUUCAUUUAUCAAAUAUUUUCCUAAUAAGAUAAGUUCAAAAGUUGGCAUUUAAGGGCUAUUUACUUCA